AUGUGAGGGAGCCUUUUCUUUUCCUCUGAGGUCAUUUUAGCCCGGCGCUGGUAGAGUGAGAGAGAGUGUGUGUGUGUGUUUGUAUGUGUGUUUGUGUAUGUGUGAGCAUCAGCAGUCUGCGGCAUGAUGGCAGACUGCACAGUAGCCCCUGUAGCAAUGGAGGACAAUGAGCAAUGGAAAACAAUCGAGGACUGUCACAGUGAUGUGCAGUCUGAUGACCAGGACACCAUUCCAGCAUCUCCUAAACCAAACAAGGUUGAAGAACAGCAGGACCAGGAUAAAGAGUAUGUUGGCUUUGCAACCUUGCCUAAUCAAGUGCACCGCAAAUCUGUGAAAAAGGGCUUCGACUUCACUCUGAUGGUAGCAGGGGAAUCUGGAUUAGGCAAGUCCACCCUGGUUAACAGCCUCUUCCUCACAGAUCUCUACAAAGAUAGAAAACUUCUUAACGCUGAAGAGCGGAUCACCCAGACUGUGGAGAUCACGAAGCACACAGUGGACAUCGAGGAGAAGGGGGUCAAACUCAAGCUCACCAUCGUGGACACGCCAGGCUUUGGGGAUGCAGUUAACAACACUGAGUGCUGGAAGUCAGUAGCAGAUUAUAUUGACCAACAGUUUGAGCAGUACUUCAGAGACGAGAGUGGCCUGAACCGCAAAAACAUUCAGGACAACCGUGUGCACUGCUGUCUUUACUUCAUUUCACCCUUUGGCCAUGGUCUCAGGCCUUUGGAUGUGGAGUUUAUGAGAGCCCUACAUGAAAAGGUCAACAUUGUGCCAGUCUUGGCCAAGGCGGAUACACUUACACCUAGUGAGGUCAAGAAAAAGAAAAUUAAGAUUCGAGAGGAAAUCGAGCAAUACGGGAUUAAAAUCUACCAGUUUCCUGAUUGUGAUUCAGAUGAGGAUGAGGAUUUCAAACAGCAAGAUCAGGAACUGAAGGAGUGCAUCCCGUUUGCAGUGAUCGGCAGUAACACAGUCGUGGAGGCAAAAGGAAAGAGAGUCCGGGGUCGUCUUUACCCCUGGGGCAUUGUAGAGGUGGAGAACACUGCACACUGUGAUUUCAUAAAGCUGAGGAACAUGCUGGUGCGCACACACAUGCAGGACCUGAAGGACGUGACGCGGGAAACUCACUAUGAGAACUACAGGGCUCAGUGCAUCCAAAGCAUGACACGCAUGGUGGUGAAAGAGCGCAACCGCAACAAACUCACUAGAGAGAGCGGCACAGACUUCCCCAUUCCCUCAGGUCCCAACACAGCAGACACAGAGACAGAAAAACUGAUCCGCGAGAAAGAUGAAGAGCUGCGGCGGAUGCAGGAGAUGCUGCAGAAGAUUCAGGAGCAGAUGCACACCCAAAAAGAAGCCUAUUAACCCCUGCAUGUGCCAGCCACCUUUGCCACGAUGCCACUUUACUGCCUGACCUUCAUGCCUGGGACAUUUGAUCAGACCACUUUCUGCUAAGUGAAGCUCCAAACGUAGUGCACAAAGCAUGCUCCAUGUCCAGAUCCACUCUGUCUCCGUAUGUGUGAGUUUAGUGGCUUUGGAGUUCCACUAGGUGUCAUUAAGUGCUGACGAAAACAUGCCCUUCUCUGCAGUCCAAUAGCAUUAAAGCUGAUACAGACAUGACAAAGAAUAUGCCAAAAAAAAAAUGUUGUUGUUUGUGAAAGCAUUUGGCCAGCUUAUGGACAUCAAAAAAGAUAUAAAAGAUGCCCUUUCUUUUUAGUGUAGUGUACUAAAAUAACAAAAAUCUAACAUAGUUGCUGUAAUAGACACAACAGUACCUGAAAUGAAGAAUCAGAUAUAACAAAUGACAAAAAUAGGCAAGUUAUUCUCUUGGGAUUUUUGUUUAACUCUCUUAGAGUGCAAGCAAUUUUUUUUUCACUUACAAAUAAACAUACCAAACAAUAAAUUUGUCCUUUUUUCCUUGUUGCUAGGGUGGUACCACUGACAGUUUAUUAUUAUUUUUUUUUUUAUAAGUAUGUUUACUUUAUAUGGGAAGGUGCAUGUUUGAAUAUAAUUAAAUUAUAGAUAGAAUUUCCAAAGAGAAAAAAAAUUUAUAUAAAAAAUGUCAAAUUUGAGUUGGAAUAUACAAAUUUACAAAAGUUACAAAAUUAAACAGGAUUAAAAUAAAAAUGAAUGUAAAAAAGUUACACAUCAUUAUCUGCAUCAUUAUGUAUCUCAAAUAGACAUGAAAAGGUUAAUCCCAAUGUUAAAACCGAGGAGAUACAUUUAUGUUCCUCAUCACAUUGACGACUGGGUCUGGUUUUUACACUAAUAGCAAGUUUGAUGGGACCCAAAUUAAUCAGGACUUAAAAGAAUUGGGGCAAAUGUCACUUUGUAAAAAUCUUUCCUCUUGGACACAAAAGAUGUGUCAUUGAUGGUACCACUGCAGCAAAAAGGAAUUCCCCAACAACAGCAAAAUUAACUAUUGUGUCAGAUUAAAACAA